UCUCUCUUUUACCCUGCUUGCAUCAUCUCUCGUCUCUCACAAAUAUAAUCUCUAAGAUCGAAGAAGAAACCCUAAAUACCCACGCUCACUUCUUUUGUCUCCAUACGGUUUCAUCAUCUGUGUCAUCGAGACUCUUCUCUUGGGUGGUCCGUUGAAAGACUCUCUCUUUGAUAUCUUUGGAUUCUUAAUUGACAUGCGUGACAGGUCAGAAUUGGAGGUGGGGAAGAGUAAUCUCCCGGAUGAGAGUGAGCUGGAGCUGGGAUUAGGGCUCAGCCUCGGCGGUGGCGCGUGGAGGGAGCGUGGGAGGAUCCUAACGGCUAAGGAUUUUCCUUCCGUUGGGUCUAAACGAGCUGCUGACUCCUCCUCUCGCCAAGGAGCUUCUCCUCCUCGUUCAAGUCAGGUGGUGGGAUGGCCACCAAUUGGGUCACACAGGAUGAACAGUUUGGUUAAUAACCAAGCUACGAAGGUGGCGAAAGCGGACAAAGAAGAAGAAGAAGAAGGAGAGGGGAAGAAGAAAGUUGAUGAGGCUAAAGAUGUCUCAAUGAAGGUGAAUGGGAAAGUUCAGGGUUUAGGGUUUGUUAAAGUGAACAUGGAUGGAGUUGGUAUAGGCAGAAAAGUGGAUAUGAGAGCUCAUUCGUCUUAUGAAAACUUGGCUCAGACGCUUGAGGAAAUGUUCUUUGGGAUGACAGGUACUACUUCUCGGGAAAAGGUGAAACCUCUAAGACUUUUAGAUGGAUCUUCAGAGUUUGUACUCACUUAUGAAGAUAAGGAAGGAGAUUGGAUGCUUGUGGGUGAUGUUCCGUGGAGAAUGUUUAUCACUUCGGUGAAAAGGCUUCGGAUCAUGGGAACCUCGGAAGCUAAUGGACUUGCUCCAAGGCAUCAAGAACAGAAGGAGAAACAAAGAAACAACCCUGUUUAGCUUCCCUUCCAAAGGUGGCAUUGUUAUGUGGUUUUUUUGAGUUCGGCAAGUUACUCAAUACUAUUUGAAGAAAGUAUACCGAAGAAUCGAUAAAGGCUGAAGCUUAGAUUUGAUUUUAAUCCUGUUUUCUUUAUUGUUUUCGGAUUUCAAAUAUGGUUUUUUCUUUAGGUCAUUCUAUUUGUAGUUUUCUCGGUGUUUUACUUCCAGUUGUUUCUUCUUUCGCGGUGUACCAAAUGUCUCUGUUCUCAGAGAGAAUAGUCUCUUUUUUUUUAUUUCUUCUCUAAUAUUGUAAAUAGUUGAAGCUAUCUAAUGUGAUGAGAGUUUCUGUUU